AUGGAGCCGCCGUCGCCGCGGAGCAGCAAGGCGCGCGCGCCCCGUGUGGUGGCCGUUCUGGCGGGGCUGCUGGAGCGCGCGGCGGAGCGCGGCGACGCCGAGGGCGAGGGCGCUGCCGCCGCGUCGGCGGCGUUCCGGGGCCGCGCGCUGCCGGGGAUCCCCGUGCGGCGCUACGUGGAGCGGAUAUACCGGUACGCCGGGUGCAGCCCCGCCUGCUUCGUCGUCGCCUACGUCUACCUCGACCGCCUCGCGCGGGGCCGGGGUGCCGACGAGGAGGAUGGUGGCGGCGGCGAGGAGGCGCCGGUGUCGGUCGGCAUCGACUCGUACACCGUGCACCGCCUCCUCAUCACCUCCGUCUUGGUCGCCGCCAAGUUCAUGGACGACAGGCACUACAACAACGCCUACUUCGCGCGGGUGGGCGGCGUGGAGUUGUCGGAGAUGAACGCGCUGGAGCUGCACCUCCUCUUCGCGCUCCGCUUCCGCCUCAACGUCGCCCCCGACACCUUCGCCCGCUACUGCGCCGCGCUCGAGUGCCACAUCGUCAUGGCCGACCCCGCCGUGCCGCUGCCGCUGCUGAUGCCGUCCCCCGUCUCCGACGACGACGACGAGGCAGUGACCAAGGAGAAGCAGGGUGCCGCUGUCGCCGCCGGCUCCGUCGUCGUCGCCCAUAGUCAUCAUCGUCGGGGAGCGGUGGUACAAAUCAUGACGACCGCCCAAUGA